AUGUCGAGACGAGGACUCACGAUUGCCGGGUUGGCUGUCGCAGGCGGGGUUGGGUACUACCUGUAUAUUGCUGGAGGUGAUCCUAAGGCUGCUCGGAAACAAUUCGAAGCCGAUGCCUCUAAGCUAUCCUCACAAGUGAAGAAUGAUCUUCCGGGUAAAGAAAGGGAAGCAGAGAAGAAGACGGAUGCUUGGGGAGCUCAAACUGGCCAGAAGUUCGACCAAGCCUCUGCCGAUGCCAAAUCCAAACUCGCCGAUGCCGAAUCCAAAGCGAAAGACUUGAGUGCAAAGACAGGCAAUCAGAUCAACAGUGCCAUUGACAAGUUUGACAAGACGGUGGAAGACAAGGCAGCCAAGGCAAAGAGUGGAAUCAGCAGCUGGUUCGGUUCUGGAAAAUAG